CACUGCGGGCUGGUUUCCGCUUCCGGAUGGUAGCUCCGGGUGGCGCGUUCUGGUAGCUCAGUGGUUGCCAUGGAGAUUUUAGGCGAGUACGUUGGGCUGGAAGGGCAGCGGCACCAGCUGCGGGUGUCCUGUGAGGCGCCCGACGACGCGGACCCUCUCCAGGGCCUAUUGUCGGGCGUGGCCCGGAUGAGGGAGCUGGUGGCCGAGCUCUUGGACCCCCAGGUGCAGCGGGAAGCGCAGGACCGAGCGGCGGCGGCUCCAGAAGAGGCCUUGGACGGUGAUAAUGAAGAUGAUGCAGAAGAUGAAAAUAACAUUGAUAACAGAACUAACUCAGAUGGACCAUCUGCAAAACGGCCAAAAACAUCAUUUUAACAAUAACUGUAUGAAAUGUAAAAGACUGCUGCCAUGCUUGCUCUGCAGCCUACAUACUAAAAUUGGAACAAUACAGAGAAGAUUAGCAAGACCCCUGCACAAGGAUUACACGCAAAUUUGUGAAGCAUUUAAAUAAAAAAGACUACAGCCAUAUCAACAUCUGCUCUAAUUGAGAAAAGCAUUUGUUUUGUUCCUCUGGCACAGUUUUGUCAAAGAAAAAAACUUCUGUUUCCAGCAAAGAAAGAUAUAAUAAAUGUUUAGAAAUGAAUCUGUUUUCUUGAGUGAAGAAUUUCAGGCCAUGGAAAUAAUAGAGAACACUUCAUAAUGUGUAAAAUCCUUUAAGUUGGCAAUUUGUAUUGUUUUCUACUUUUUAAAAAAAGAUUUUUAAAAUUGA